AUGUCUACUGUAAAAAAUAUUGAGGAAGAAAAACAAUUACUAUCCGAACGGUUGAAUGCACUAAGUACAAAAGAUCUUCAUGCAUUUGACUUGCAACUAACAUUAUUACGAACAGCAUCUGAAUCGUAUAAACGUGAAACUGUAUUUAAACCAUGUCCGCCUUUUCUUGCCGGACUCAGUGAUGAUGAAUUGCGUACUGCUUUUCGUUUGCCGCCCGUCGUUGUAUUUAUGUCAGUGCUCGAAGAAUUAAGUGAACUACAAAUUUUUUUACUUAAUUGGCUAUUAACCCGUGAUACAUUCAAAUUAAAUAUGGUACCCGUAGAACAUGUCCUGUCUCUUGUAAAACAUCAUUUAUCUGUUCCAACGCCGAAUUUUGCCUUCGAAAUUAAUUACAACCAAAUUCGUAAUGAGCGUUUUAAUGAUUUAACACAAAACGAUCAUUAUCAGAAAUUGUUUGCAUAUCAUGGCACACGCUUGGAUAACCUUCAUUCAAUCCUUCAUAUUGGUUUUCUUGGGCAUAUGAAUAAACUUUCAUUGUUUGGCUCGGGCACGUAUUUUUCCGUCGAGCCAUCUGUUUCACUUCACUAUUCACCGUUUGCAACUGUUUGGCCUAAUAGUCUAUUAGGCAAAAGGCUAAGUUGUCUUUUAUUAUGUGAAAUUAUCGAUCAACCUGACCAUGUGAAACGUGCAACUGAAAAUGAAACAUCGAACGAUCAAGAGCGUAGAACUGUUCGCGAUAGUCAAGCUGGUGCUGUGCCCGAUAAAUAUGUGGUUGUUACAUCCAACGAACUCGUACGAGUCAAAUAUAUUCUAAUCUAUGCCGAAUCAAAUGAAUUAAUGCAAAACGAUCAAGGAACAAGAUCUCGUUUACGAACAUUUUUAUCGGCUAAUCGUUAUCAUCUCUAUUUAUUUUUCUAUUUUCUUCUUCUUUUAUUAAUUGGAUUUUUUAAUUCGAAUUUGUUUAAAUUUUAUUGGCGUUUAUUUAAAAAACGUUCGAAUCAUCUUCUUUUUGGUUCAUGGCAUGUGACUCAAUAA